AUGCCGGCAGGUGCCAUGUCGGGUGGCGGGAAAGUACAGAACGUAAAACUCUUGCUGCUUGGCGGCCAGGGUGUGGGGAAAUCCAGCAUCGCUCUGAGGUUCGUUCGAGGAGAAUUCGAAGAAAACUCAGGGGCCACAAUUGGGGCGGCGUUUCUUACACAGGCGAUGAGUGUGUCGGGACAGACGGUUAAGUUUGAUAUCUGGGACACUGCGGGACAGUCACGUUACCAACUCUUCACUUCAAUGUAUUACAGGGGCGCGCAGGCCGCCGUGGUCGUUUACGAUUUAACAAAUAUGAAAGGCCAAUCGUUCGCUGAGGAGAACAACCUGAUAUGUAUCGAGGCUUCAGCCAAGACCGGCAUGUGUGUAGGCGACGUGUUCAUGACAAUAGACACCUUCACCGCCGAUGAGCCAAGCUUAGACACCUCCACCGCCGAUGAGCCAAGCUCAAAGGACACCUUCACCACCGAUGAGCCAAGCUCAGACUCAGAUGACCGCCAGACAGAAACCCUUGCAGCCGCAAACUUCAUCGCUGUGGAUGCUGUGGAUGAAGGGUUAUACUUCACUAUAUCCCCAUGGUAA